AUGGCAACCAAGACAGCGCCGCCAAAUGGCGACGGCACCAUGGACAGAGCACACGCAGCCGACGGGCAAGAAAAGAAAGUCACAGUCGCCGCGACCAGGCGGAAGACGAGCCCUAAGAAGGCCAAAGACGGGGGGCUCCUGGCGUCGUUGUGCGCAUUGGUGUGCGAUCACCAGCUUGGCAUAUCCCUAAACCUCGUUGCCCUCUUGUCCCUUACACAUGUUUUCUUCCCCCGCGCGCGGAGUCGAACCACCAAGUUCCUGCAAAUGUCAUACUACAACCCCGAAACAAAAAUGUACGGGUGCGGCACCGACGACUUGCCCUUCGUUCUAUUGUGGACCGUCCUGUUCACAGCGAUCCGAGUGGUGGUCAUGGAGUACCUCCUAGACCCGCUGGCGAAACUCGGAGGCAUCCGGUCGAGAAAGGGACUGAACAGAUUCAAGGAGCAAGCUUGGCUGAUAGUGUACUACACUGCAUCAUGGUCGCUCGGCAUGUACAUCAUGUACAAUUCGGAAUUCUGGCUCAAUUUGCACGGUGUCUGGGAAGGCUGGCCUUUUCGAGAGGUCGAGGGCGUGUUCAAGUGGUACUACCUCGUCCAAUGGGGCUUCUGGAUUCAACAGAUCCUCGUGGUUAACAUCGAAGAAAAGCGCAAGGACUAUGCGCAGAUGUUCACACACCACAUCUUUACGACUGCUCUGUUGUUCCUGUCAUACGGGUACUACCACAUGCGAGUUGGAAUCGUCAUCUUGAGCGUUAUGGACUUCGUAGACAUUAUCCUUCCAACUGCGAAACUCCUCAAAUACAUGGGCUACACCACCGCCUGCGACAUCGCCUUUGGAGUCUUCGUCAUCGCCUGGCUCGUCACCCGCCACAUUAUCUACAUGACAAUCUGCUGGUCCAUCUACUAUGACGCCCCCCGCGACAUGGCACCCGGCUGCUACUUCACGCCCAACCACCCCUCCACACCAAACUCCUCCUACAGCCUGAACGCAAACCAACUAUACAUUCCCAUGUCUGAUACCGCAGCAUUCGAAGCCCAUGGUGGCAACAAACCCUGGAGCAAUCUGCUCAGAGCAUACACCGACCAGAACGGACCAAUCUGCUGGAACCCGAAUCUCCGAUACUAUUUCCUCGGCCUCCUGCUGUUCCUACAAGCACUGUGCUGCGUCUGGUUCUCCAUGGUUCUUAGGAUUGUAUACAAAGUACUUUCUGGCGCAGGCGCAGAGGACGUGCGUUCAGAUGACGAAGAUGGCGAAGACGAAGAAGAGGAGAUCGAGCAGGACCGCACAUCCACCAUACUCAACUCGGUAACGACAUGCACGGAAUCCGGCAUGAGCGCUAUGCCCAAGGAAGAAGAGGUCGGCGUUGACGCACUCACUUUCGCACGAUUGAACGGCGCCAGCCAAAGACGCCAGCAAGCACGACGCGAAAGCGCCAGGGCAAGCGGCAUCAGCCUCCCCGGCCAUGGCGAUCGUAAGGAGUUGUUAGGGCGCAUUGGGUGCGAUAAGCCAUCGUAG